UAACGUAGAACACGUUUACAUUAUUUUGACAAAGAAACAUAAAAACAACCAUGCGUGCUAAUAAUCCUCACAAAAACGCCAAUAUUCUUCUUCCGAUUCCCAACUCGAAUCCCACCUGACUCACUCAUUUUCAACUCACUCAACUCGUCCCUUCCCUUAACCAUGUCUUCUUCACCAGAAGCAAAACGCUUAGAAGAAGAACUUUCCUAUCCAAUUCUCGUCGCCGAACGAAUUCGCUCCGCCACAGAAGAAACCGAUUCCUUCAAACUCGAAUGCUCCGAAGUCUGGAAACACGUCGAACGUCUCCUUCAAAUGCUCCGUACACUCGUCCGAUUCGCCGCCACCGCUCCUCCGCCGCUUUACGAACGUCCCGUCCGCCGUGUCGCCGCUGAAGCCGCCAAGAAUCUUGAACGCGCUUUAACUUUAAUUCGUAAAUGUAAACGCCGGAGUAUUCUCCACCGUGUUGUCACCAUCGUCACCGCCGCUGACUUUCGGAAAGUUCUUGUUUAUCUCGACGCCUCCGUCGGUGAUAUGAAGUGGCUUUUAAGUAUCCUCGACGUCGACGGCUCCGGCGGCGGCGGUGGAAUUAACUUAUCGCUUCCACCGAUUGCGAGUAAUGAUCCAAUUCUGUCAUGGGUAUGGUCUUUUAUAGCUUCAAUUCAAAUGGGUCAAUUGAAUGAUAAAAUUGAAGCUACAAAUGAACUUGCUUCGUUAGCACAAGAUAAUGAUAGGAAUAAGAAGAUUAUUGUUGAAGAAGGCGGUGUUCCGCCUCUUUUGAAGCUUUUGAAAGAAGCUUCUUCGCCUGCAGCACAAAUUGCGGCGGCUACUUGUUUGUGUUAUUUGGCUAAUGAUUUGGAGAGAAUUAGGGUUAUUGUGAAUGAAGUUGGUGUACCUGCUGUUGUUCAGGUUCUUGCUGAUUCGCCGAUUAGGGUUCAAACGCUAGCGGCUAAUUUGGUUGCUAGGAUGGCUAAACAUGAUCCUGUUGCUCAAGAGGAUUUCGCGAGGGAGAAUGCGAUUAGACCGCUUGUUACACUUUUGUCGUUUGAUACGGCUGUGGAUGAGCAGACGAGUAUUCAUUCUAUUUUUCAGGUUAAUAAGGAGUUAGGUAAGAAGACGACGGAUAGGUCUGGUACUGGAAGUGGUAGUCGACAGUUUGCAAAUUCGUAUUCGAGUACUUAUUAUUAUACUGAGGGGAGUAGCCGUGGAGGGAAUUAUAGGAAGGAGAGGGAGAAUGAGGAUCCUGCCGUGAAGCUUCAGCUUAAAAUUAGUUGUGCUGAGGCGUUGUGGAUGCUUGCGGCAGGGAGUGUGUCGAAUAGUAGGAAGAUAACCGAGACGAAAGGGAUGCUUUGUUUGGCUAAGAUUGUUGAGAAGGAACAGGGGGAGUUGCAGCGGAAUUGUUUGAUGACUAUAAUGGAGAUAACGGCUGCAGCUGAAUCUAAUGCUGAUCUUCGACGAGGUGCGUUUAAGACCAACUCACCUCCUGCUAAAGCUGUUGUGGAGCAGCUGUUGAGGAUACUUAAAGAGGUUGAUAGCCCGUUGAUGCAAAUUCCGGCGAUUAAGUCUAUUGGUUCGUUGGCUAGGACGUUUCCUGCUAGAGAGACUCGAGUAAUUGAACCUCUAGUAGCACAGCUGAGUAAUAGAGACAUAAAUGUAGCAGAUGAAGCAGCCGUUGCUCUUACCAAGUUUGCUUCUCCAGAUAAUUUCCUAUAUGUCGAGCAUUCUAAGAAAAUAAUUGAAUUUGAUGCAGUCCCGGCAGUGAUGAAACUGCUGAGGAGUAACGAAGUUAACCAAAUGCAUCAUGCGCUAACUCUUCUUUGCUACCUUGCACUACAUGCUGGCAGCAGCGAGUCGUUGGAACAAGCACGGGUAUUGUUGGCUCUAGAAGGUGCUGAUAGAACAAUUCUUCCUCAGCAUAUUAGAGAUUUGGUAUCCAAAGCAAUCGGCCACCUCAAUUUGUAUCAUGCAGGAAGUCAUUCUCAACCAUUGGUAUAUAUGCCCUGAGCACAAAUUCAUAUAGUUUGUGGACCCUUUGUUUUAAUGGGUUCAUCAUUAUAUUAUUGAGCUGGUUGCAUCUUGCCCACUUGUUGGGGAUUGUGGGGGAUUUUGUUAUAUAGAAUCAAAGCAUAGUUCAAAAAAAUACAUUAGUUUUUCAGCUUGGGCUGGUUUUUAUCCCUUUUCCCCUCAUGAAACUAGUUAGUGGGGUGGUGGUUGUGCAGAGAUUAUUUAUAAUGGAUAAUUACUUUUCUUAGUCAUUCAAAUUUUGCUGUUUGUGUACUUAUUUUGUUCAUCAAAUAUGCUCUCUACAUCACAUUUUGAUAGUGCAAAUUUUUAUCUUAGGAUAGAAUUGUUUGAGGUUUUAUUCCUUUGCAGAAUGUACAUUGCAGCUUCGCCAUUUGAAGAAUUUUUA